GUAAUCUUUUGUCAGGGGUCAGGAUUUGGGAACAACACUGUCACUGUGUAGGCUGCGUUUACCAGCAAACGGUGGGAAAUUAAGCAUAUUUUAAAGAAAGCUGGCACGUUUCUUUAAGACUUUUAGAGUCAGGUUUUAGAUUGUUUCAGAGAACUGUCGAAACACCGGCCAGACAAGCAGCAGCGGCGCGCGUCGGAAGCAGCGGAGCGCGUCGUCAUCGCGUCCGCUCAUGCGUUCCGUUCAUCGGGCCGCUGUCUAUGGAGGAUACAGCUGAGUUUCACUUCUCUCUGAAAGAGCUAGUUCAUCGGGAACGCCCGUGGAUUAAGCAGCAGAUUAAACUGAACUUUCAGUUUCGAUAUUACACGAUAACAGCCGCACUGACGACAGAUUUUUUGUUCCACGUAGUUUCAGUGCGCAGUGGAAUUUAAGAUCGUUUAUGCGCGUCUCUUCUCUGACCGGCUUGGAAAUCGGUUUCACAUGUUGGAUUUGUUCAGAUAAGCGAUGAAGUCCGUGCUGUUUGCUUUAAUGACGGCCGUGAUCGCGCUGCAGCGGGCCGAAUGUCUCACGAGGACUUAUUUUAUUGCCAUAAAUGAAGAAAACUGGAAUUACGCACCCAGCGGUCGAAACCUGAUCAAUAACCUGAGCAUUGAUCAAGAUGAACAUGCGUCGGGUUUCUUGGUGAAUGGCCCUACGCGGAUAGGGAGUAUUUAUAAAAAAGCUUUAUACAGGCAGUACACAGAUAAGACUUACUCCACUGAGAUAGCUAAACCUGCCUGGCUCGGCUUCCUCGGACCAAUCAUACGGGCCGAGGUCGGUGACGUCAUAGAGGUGCACAUGAAGAACAAUGCCAGCAAGCAUUACUCUCUGCACCCUCAUGGAGUUUUCUAUGAGAAGAAUUCAGAAGGAGCGUUGUAUCCAGACGGCACGACUGGUGGUGAUAAGAGUGAUGAUGCGGUGGCUCCAGGUGAGAGCUACACAUACACCUGGCAGGUCAAACCAGAGUACGCUCCUACUGAAGCAGAUGCCAGCUGUCUCACCUGGAUUUACCAUUCACAUGUAGAUGCACCAAAAGACAUUGCAUCAGGGCUGAUAGGAGCUCUGCUCACCUGCAAGAAAGACACUCUGGACUCUGAGCAAAAGCGCUCUGAUGUGGAUGAAGAUUUCAUUUUGAUGUUCAGUGUGGUGGAUGAGAACUUGAGCUGGUACUUGGAGGAGAAUAUUGAACAGUUCUGCUCUGAUCCAGAUGCAACAAACGAACUUAAUAAUAACACAGACGAGGAGUUUAGAGAAUCCAACCUCAUGCACUCAAUCAAUGGCUAUGUUUAUGGGAAUUUGCCUGCACUGAAAGUGUGUGUUGGACGUCCCGUGUCGUGGCAUCUCUUCGGCAUUGGUAACGAAGUGGACAUUCAUUCGGCUUAUUUCCAUGGGCACACCCUCGAGGAUCGCAAGCACCGCACAGAUGUGCUUAGUCUGUUUCCUGCCACUUUUGUCACCGCAACAAUGUUCCCGAAAACAGAAGGAACAUGGUUGUUAAGCUGCCAAGUCAAUGAUCAUGUACAAGCUGGUAUGCAGAGUUUCUAUGAGGUCUCGGCCUGUGGGUCCACAGCCUCUGUAACCCUCGCCCCUGGCAAAGAGAGACAUUUCUACAUUGCUGCUGAGGAGAUGGUUUGGGACUACGCCCCUUCAGGGAUGAACUACAUGACAAAUAAACUACUUAAUGAAACAAACAGUGACUCUGAAUCAUAUUUCAGUCGUGAUGGUGGUAAACUGGGUGGAAAAUAUCUGAAGGCCAGAUACAUUUCAUACAUUGAUGACACAUUUACUACCAAAACACAUAUUGCGGGCUCAGAUGUGCAUCUUGGAAUUCUGGGUCCAGUCAUCAAAGCUGAGACUGGUGAUGUUAUCAUUGUGACAUUCUUUAACCGUGCCACACGUGACUACAGCAUUCAGCCACACGGUCUGCACUAUGACAAGGCCUAUGAAGGAGCAAAGUAUCAGGACGGUACUCAGAAAGCUGGAGCUUCUGUGGCUCCUGGUCAAAAGUUCACCUACCGCUGGAAAGUAUUGGAAGGUCCCUCCAGCAGUGAUCCUCCUUGUCUUUCAUACCUCUACUAUUCUGCUGUUGAUCCUGUUCGGGACACUAACUCUGGUUUAUUUGGACCCAUACAAGUGUGCAGGAAAGGUGUUCUUGAUGGAAGUGGCCAUCAGCAUGCUGACCAAAUUCAGCAUGAGUUUUUUCUGCUGUUCUCUGUGAUGGAUGAGAAUGAAAGCUGGUAUCUGAAAGAGAACAUUAAAAAGUUUGGCAGCAGUGAUUCAGAUGCAGCUAAUGAAGAGUUUCAGGAGAGCAAUAAGAUGCACGCGGUGAAUGGCUUAAUGUAUGGAAACCUGGAAGGUCUGGAGUUGUGUACCUGGGAACACGUUAUGUGGCACAUACUUGGCUUGGGCUCUGAGGUGGAUAUCCAUGGGGUCUAUUUCGAGGGUAACACAUUUCGACGAGAUGGGAUGAACCGUGACACUCUCAGUGUCUUCCCUCAUACCACAGUGACAGUUACCAUGACACCUGACAAUAAUGGCCAGUUUGAGCUGAGCUGUCGUACAGGUGAUCACUACGAAGCUGGCAUGCGUCAACAUUACGAAGUCAAGGCCUGUUCGGCAGUGAAUCCUGCACCAGAACAUUUCACCUCCCCAGUGCACUACUAUAUAGCAGCAGAGGAAAUGGAGUGGGAUUAUGCCCCAGACCGCACAUGGGAAUUGGAGAAACACAAAUUUACAAUGGUGAAAAGCCCUGGAAGUAUUUUCCUUGAACAAUCAGAAGAUCAAAUUGGUGGUAAAUAUAAGAAGGUGGUGUUUCGUGAAUACACAGAUGAAACAUUUAACACAAGGAAACCCAGGCGUCCAGAGGAGGAGCACUUGGAAAUAAUGGGACCCAUUAUUAGAGCUCAGGUUGGUGAGACGAUUCAAGUUGUGUUUAAAAACAACGCCAUAAGGCCAUAUUCUAUUCAUGCCCAUGGAGUGAAGACCAGUAAAACCCAUCAGGAUGGUGUUCAGCCAGGUGAUACGAUGACAUACACCUGGACCAUUCCAAAACGAUCAGGUCCGGGUCCCAGUGAUCCAAACUGUAUAACGUUUGCCUACUACUCCUCGGUCAGCUUAGUUGAGGACUUGAUGAGUGGUUUGGUGGGUCCACUAAUAGUGUGCCGCAAAAACACCCUGGACACCAAAAGACGCAGAAAAGACAUUGAUAAAGAGUUUGCCCUCCUCUUUAUGGUGUUUGAUGAAAAUAAGUCCCACUACCUGGAUGAAAACAUAGAAACUUACAUGAAGGCAGACCCAGAAGAGUUUGACAAAUAUGAUGGGGACUUUAUGGAGAGCAACAAAAUGCAUGGCAUUAACGGAAAGUUGUACGCUAACCUCCAUGGGUUGAAUAUGACAGAGAAUGACAGGACCGAGUGGUACUUGAUAGGACUGGGGAAUGAAGUGGACAUGCACACUGUGCAUUUCCAUGCUCAGAGCUUCAUUUACAAAAUGAAUCAUUCUCAUCGAGCUGAUGUAUACGACCUGUUCCCAGGAACAUUUCAGACCAUUGAGCUGACUGCAGGAAGUCCUGGGCAGUGGCUGCUUCACUGCCAUGUGACCGACCACAUCCAUGCGGGCAUGGAGGCCAUUUUCACUGUUCAUCCUAAAGGGUCAACAAAGUCAACAGGAUCAUCAGGGAAUGGUGACAAUAUUCCAGCCAAUGCCUUCAGUCAUUUUAGAAAUCCAUCGACUGUGAUGUUGUGUUUCCUUGGAUUUGUCCUAUCAUACUUUGUAGCACACUGAAAAAAAGGAACAAAGUGACCAUGAGCCCUCAGAAUGAAUAUUUAUUGCUGUGAUGGUGAUGCUCACUACUUAGUUACCUCAUCUAGCAUUCGCACUGCAUUGCUGGAAACUUCUCAGAUUUUGAGGGAAACAACUACUGAACAAAUGAGAAAUAAAUAUUAGUCUUUCUAGUUUUUGCUUUGACAUGCAAGUAAUGAUUAAUUUAAUUGUCUAAUCUUUCAGUUAAUAAAAUCAGCUUAAAGAACAGUACUAUUCAAGCCUCUUGCGGCUACUUAAAAAUAUCAGUCCAUCACAGUUUUACCAUAGAGCUCCAUUAUGAUAUAAACAUUUAACUGCUAAAUAAACUAGAUAGUUUAGUCUCCAGCACAUUUUAAACGUCUGAGCAUCCUAGAGCAGAGGCCUUGAAGUGGGGACUUUGGAGGGAACAGGGCUCUUGUGUUUCGUCUAGAGUACACUUGAUGAAGGGAGCAAUGAAAGACAAUGUAUCUUGUCCAUGAUCUUUGCCUGGAAUGUUACCAUGACAACAGCAUUCAUCAGCUCAUUAGCUGUACACAACAGGAAUCUCUUAUUAUUGCUGCAGCACAAAAACACUGUUUGGAAUUACACCUCAGGGUUUGCAGUCUACACUAACAAGCUAGUUAAUGGAAUCAGAUAUAUUAGAUAAAGCAAACACGCAAAAUGUGAAAUUAUUGCCUUGGUAGCAGAGUAAAAGUAAGAUGAAUAAUGAGUGUGUGAAUGAAUAAGAUUUGUUUUUAUGGCUUU